GCUCUCUAGGUGUGGCCCGGGUUGUUUUCAGCAGCUGCUGCGGUUUCACUAGAGACAUUUCAGAGGAGACGAGCCUGACAGCAACAGGGAAAGAGACGAUCUCAGUUCUUCAAAACUCUUUGGAUUCAGUGGUAAAAAGCCCAGCGGCGUUUUGGUCGAUUCAGCUUCAAUUCAAUUAAGGUACUGUUGUUUUGAUUGGCACUGUUUAGUGGAUCAAACAGCGAUGUCCUCCAAACCCAAUGGGAGCCCCCCUCCCUAUGAAGAGGAUGAUAGAUAUAAUGGACCUGCUCAACCAGCCUACUCUUACUACCCUGACGAUGAGUUCCAGCACUUCUAUCGCUGGUCCUCGCCUCCAGGAAUCCUUAAAAUCAUGGCCAUCAUUACCCUUGUGCUGUGUGUGGCCAUCUUUGCCUGCGUUGCCUCAACACUGGCGCAUGACAGUCAGGCCAUGUCCAACUUUGGAGGAAUGUAUGGAGGAUCUGGAGGAAUGUAUGGAGGAUCUAGCUAUGGAGCUGGAACCAAUUAUGGCUACGGUUCAAUUGGGGGAAACUACAAUGACCCGCGUUCCGGGAAAGGGUUUAUGAUCGCAAUGGCCACCUUUGUCUUCAUCUUCUCCCUGGUCGUCUUUAUCAUCAUCGUGUCUCAUCAGAGCCUGUCUCAGAGCAGGAAGUUCUACUUGGCCGUGUUGAUCAUCUGUCCCAUCCUGGCACUGUUGAUGCUCAUUGCCACCAUCGUGUACUUGGUGGCAAUAAACCCCUCAUCCCAGACCUCGACAGUUUACGGCAGCCAGAUUGCGGCUCUGUGUGCUCCAUAUCAACAACAACAGGUGUCAGGAAUGUUUCAGAACCAGUACCUUUACCACUACUGUGUGGUGGAACCACAAGAGGCCAUUGCCGUUGUGUUCGGCUUCUUGGUGACCGCAGCUUUGAUCAUCAUGCUCGUCUUCGCCCUCAAGACUCGGCAAAAGAUCAACAACUAUGGAAAAGAGAACAUCUUGUGGAAGAAAGUAAAAGUUGUGGAUGAUCUUGCACCUCCUGAGGACGUUGAGGCGUGGGUGAACAACGUCUCUGCUUCUCCUCAAGAGGCCCUAGCUGCAGACUACCCAGACCACUCAGACUACCCCGAGAAGCGGAGAGGCUCGAGGAGUUACCUGGAUGAUGAGAGCAACUACGACAAACCCCCCAUAAGCUACACCCCACAACCUAUGGUUGAAAGGCCCUUGCAGAACGGGGCCCCUUACAGCAGCAGCAGCUCUGAGAUCACGAGCUCAACGGGGCGGCCCAAAAAGAGGCGCGCAGGACGGCCACGCCGCGCCGACGGGCAGGACUACGACACAGACUACAACUCGUCUGGGGACGAGCUGGACGACAACGACUUCGACAGCGAGUUCCCGCCAAUAGCAAACGAGCAGGAGCGCAACAGCUACAAGCAGGAGUUCGACCGCGACCACCUGGAGUACAAAGACCUGCAGGCGGAGCUGGACAUCCUCAACAAGGACCUGUCCAAUCUGGACAGAGAGCUGGACGGGCUGGAGGAGGGAAGCCCACAGUUCCUGGACACUCUGGAUGAGUACAACAAGCUGAAGAGAAUCAAGAAGUCUGCAGAUUACCAGGUGAAGAAGCGCAGGUGUAAAUAUCUGAAGCACAAACUGAACCACAUCAAGAAGAUGGUCAGUGAUUACGACCGCAGGACCUGAAUGAGUCUGGAUUAAUGACUCUUGUCAAGCGCAGGAAGGACAGCUGUAAAUCUGGGUUGGCACUUUUUUUUUUUUUUUUUUGACAGUAAGUUUGUCUCCAAAGGACAAAGAUAGGGUGAUUUACAUGAAAGUUGUGACAGCUUGGUUGUAUUUUAUGUUUUUUAGCACCACAGAAACAGAUU